AUGCGUCUGAUUCGGGAUGUUCGACGCUUUGACUGUGAGACCCAACGGCGUCGAUCCCGUCGCUCACUUCUUCGAAAAUGGCUCGCGUUAAGCCACAGUGAGGAUGAUCAGUGUGUUGAGGACUACAAGCAGCAGGAGGUACUCCAUGGUCCAUUCUCCUUAUGUAUCACUCGCCGCACUGUGUCGCCUCUGACCCCUAGUCUUAAAAAAGCGCAAUCUCCACUUGCUGUUAGAUGGAGCUCCUGUAUUGAAGCAUUUCGUCUUCGAGACAAUGGUAAUGCACAACGUCGCGUCAGAUUUGCGGAGAGAGAGGAAGAAUGUAGCCGGCCAAUAUUUACGACCGAGGAGAAAGCCUUGUACCAUUAUUCAGCCGAAGAAUUAGAAAAUAUGGCCGCUUUUGCCUCGCAGUCAGUGCACCGCGAGUCACGAUUUGCUGGUCAACCAAAGGGUACGAUACUGGAGCAAGGAUUUCUUAGUUUACCAGUGCACGCUCCAUUUGUCCAAAGCAAACGUUACUAUUGUCUCUUACGAGGCCAUCAAAUCCAAAUGUAUAGCUCUGCAGCUCAUGCUGCAAAAAACUCGGGAUUAAAGGGUGAGAUCACUAUUCUUCGAGCUCAGGAUUGUGAAACUUUAUCAAUGAAAAAGAAAUUUGCGCUCUUUGGUGCCUCGAUGCCUGCUCAGCUCAGUCUCAUGUUCUACGUGAUCAAAGCCAAUGGCGAGCGCAUAAUUUUUACUGCAGACACCAAGAGUUCGAAGUGCAAUUGGGUGCACUCUCUUACUCAAGUUACGUACGUGGGGGAAAAAGACAAUUACACUGCUCUGCCACCAAUUCGGUCGCGCUCAAGCUCAGCACCCACGAAAUUUUGUAACUUAUCUCCUGUACCGGAAGUGGAAACGGAUGAGGAAAUUCAUGACAAUGUCACUGCUGUUUCCAAACAUAAGUUGAAGCUCAAGCUAACCAAAUUUCAUCUGCUUUCGUCGCUUUCUCGACAGCAAGCGGUCCCCGAGUUAAAAUUGACGAAAUUUCCUUGUGGGUGCUUGUCGAGUUAUAGCUUUUUUGGUAUUCCAUAA